CUCAGCACCUCCCAAAUGUUGAGCCCGAGUCGUGAAGUGCUGCUUUUCAGGGGGGCGAGGUUGGACGGGAGGGAGACGACGGGGGAGGAAAAAAGCGACGGACGCCACACAGAAAGUCGCCUGUGAGAAAUCCGCCCGACGUGUCCGCUGACCGGCUCCGAUCGCCCGGCUGGAGGAACCAAAAAUCAGUUGAGAUGGCGACAGUCAGCGUGAUCGCCUUCAGCUUUCUGCUCACCACAGCUCUUUCUGCGCCCGUGAAAAACGACGGCGACUCCAUGACGUUGUUCCACGGGGAGGAUUUCCACAUCAUGUUGCCCUCACUGGCGCUGGAUGUCACGUUUCGCAACAGGUCCGCUCCGCGGGCGGGCGACGUGUUCCUGAUGCGGGGCGGCAACGUGGUCCACAAUCGGGCCAAAGUCAACCGCCACCUCAGCCACCUCAUCAUAGACAGUGUGGGCGAGGGGGACGAGGGCGUGUACACCGUGAAGAAUCUGGAGGCGCCAGAAGACAUCAGGAGCAUUACGCUGAUAGUCCGAGAUUGCUCCAACGAGCAGAUCAUUAAAUAUGGAGACAACUACCAUAUUCCGCUGUCAGGGGUGACUCCUCCCAUCACCUUGGAGUACAGGCCCAGUGCUGUGGAGGCCAACCUGACAUCUAGACCUGCUCUGGUGCUGCUGACCAGCGCCAAUAUGUCCAGAGAAGGCUACCACGGCCGGAUUGGCGUCACUGAGCGCCACGUCACCCUCAAGGCCGUCACGGGUGCAGACGAAGGCAGCUACACCAUCAGGGACGACAAAGGCGAUAUCCGAAAGAAAGAGUGUCUCAACGUCAAAGAGCACCUGUACUUUGAGACCUUGCCAUACGGUGAAAAACUGAAGAUCAACCUGAUACUCAACAGUUCCUUGGUCCAUCUCUUCUACAUACAGGAAAAGGACCCCACGCCCCAUCUGCUGCUGGACAAGGGGGAAUUUACAAAUGCCAAAACAGAUCUGGGCUUUGAGGACCGUCUCUUCAUGGAGGGUUCUCGAGUUUAUCUGGAUCAGGUCAAGGGGGCAGAUGUGGGCCAGUUCAAAAUUACCGACAUACUGGGGUUCACUGUGUCUACCAUCCACUUGGAGAUGCAACCCUACAAGCUGGAGUCAGUGUAUGUAGCCAUCAUUGCCCUGUUGGGUCUGCUGGUCUUCCUCCUGCUGGUUUGUCUGCUGUCCUGCCUGAUCAAAGUGAAGAAAAGGGCCAAGAGGGCUGCUGCCCUCAAGAAGAUCGCCCAGGAUUCUGGCAAAGUGGACGAAGGAGAGGCCUUCAGACAGGUGGUCAAGAACAUCACCAAACUAAGUGAGGACUCCAAGCACUCCCAGGCAGACAAUACAGAGAAAUCUCAGAGCACUGAGGUGGAUAUUAAAGGUCUCGAGGUUUCCUCCAAAGAGGUUGGGGUCGGCAACCUCGACACCAGCGACUCUGGCGUCGGCUUUAACACCGCCCUCCCACUAGACACCGACACCGAUGCCCCCGAUCAAAACCUUGACUCAUUGGCCGUAAGCGUCUCUGUUGAUUCCGAAAUCAAACCGUGUCCCCCGCCCGCCGCUGCCGAGUCCAAGCCGAGCACCCCUCCAGCUACGGAAGUUAAGUCCAGUCCGGCAGCUAAAACUAAAGCCUCUCCGUCGCCCGAGAUCAAGAAAACCCCUGAACAGCCACUGGAGGCGCAGUUGGAUGUACCCAAAUCAGCAGAAGUUAAGCUUAUCCCAGCCUCCAGCCCCGAGCCCAAGGCCGGUCUGAGUCCAGCUGAUCCAAAGCCCCCAGCAAGCCCAAGUCCAGAGCCUAAACCAGCUUCUCCCCAAGCCGCCACUCCCACACCGGAGAGUAAGGGCGCUCUGACGCCCAAAGCCGAGCACCCUAAACCGACCACACCGGAGAGUAAGGGCGCUCUGACGCCCAAAGCCGAGCACCCCAAACCGACCACACCGGAGAGUAAGGGCGCUCUGACGCCCAAAGCCGAGCACCCCAAACCGACCACACCGGAGAGUAAGGGCGCUCUGACGCCCAAAGCCGAGCACCCCAAACCGACCACACCGGAGAGUAAGGGCGCUCUGACGCCCAAAGCCGAGCACCCUAAACCGACCACACCGGAGCCAAUCACCAACGGUACGCCCGAGCCGGGCGAGGAUUCCAAACCGAGCCUGAAUCACGCUGAUAUUAUCGGAGCUCCAAAAGCAGCUCCGCCUAAAACCCCUGAAGUGGAGCAGAAAUCCAGCGGCGCCGCACUGGAAGCUGGCAAGGACGACAGCGUGGCUGAGGCCUCAAACACCACCACUUGAGAACUGCCGCUGCCAAAAAAAUCGUUGAGAUCUCCUGAGUCUACCGCCGCUGUAGACGAACACCCCUCACCAAAUAAUGAAGAAGCCACUGGGGCAAAAGACUUAACAUGUCUAAUGCCUGAACACAGUAAUACCUUGACGACAGUGUCGCACUCACCAACUAACACAUCGUUAAGACUCUCUAAUUUGAAGAAAAAAAAAUCACUUAACAAAAGCGGCUUGUUGAUGAAAUUAACUCUAACUUUGCAAAUAACACUUCACAUAAGGUCUUUUCUAACAUUAUGAGGCAGCCAGAAAGGUUGACAAGAUUUCACUAAAAUACACAGAUUCCUUAUUUGAGCUUAACUAGUAAUUGACCUCCAUCUAAAAUGCUUGUUUCUCUGUCAGCAUGUGGGUAGAACAGACAAAAUGCAUGCAAUUUUCUGCUCAAAACAAGCAAAAGUGAAGACCCUUUUGAUUGGACAUCAUCAAAACGGAAACAAAAGCCCUUUCACACACUGUACAUAGCUGAAGUAUGGAUGUUAUACGCUUGUGCUGGUGCUCUGGCUUCAGUGAUAUCUGCAAUACAUUAUCACAUAUUAAAAAAAGAUUUGUGUGACUUUACCCACAUAAGAACACGUACUAAUAAUAUUAACAUUACUAUUUAUGGUAUCUGAGACUGAGAUUCACGCCCCCAGCUGAUGUCUCAGAUCUCAGAUUAAAUGUGUUUUGCAAACGGAUCCCUCAAGCCUGGAUCAACCACUCUACUGCCUUUGAUCUCAAUUUCCCCUCAGCUCUAUAAAAAAACACAUUAUUUCCUCAGUUUAGUAGCAAGCGGCUGCCAGCAGCUUAAUGGGACCACCGUGUUCCUGCUGCACAUCUGUGUGCAUGAAAAUGCAAGCAUUGUUAUUCCUUCUUCUUCCCUCGUCCUUUGUCUGUCCUUCCUUCAAUGGUCCAACCCCUUCUCUCCUACCUCCUUCCUCUCCUUCCCUUUGCCCGGGAUUAAUUCUUAACCUCUCAAGGACACAAGCUCGACAGAGAUUAGGUGUUUACAUGAUUUUUUAGUUCAAAAUAAAUAUUUUCAAUCAAUUUUUCUUACAAAUAAAUUAAAAUAAUACAAAACGUGAGAAUUAUAAAAAAGCGAUAUCACAUGAAGUUAUGUUCAAAUAUGAUCAUUGGAUAUUGGAUAUUAUAUAAACACCAAGAUAAUAGAUCAAAUUAAGGGGCUCCGAUGUUGAGUGGACAAACAGUAUCAGAUGUAUCAGUGUCGGAUGUAUUGCACAAUAUAAAAAAACGGAAUAUGCCGGCUUUCUAGCUGGUAUUGCUGAAAUAACCACAAACCAAUUUUCUUUAUACACACGCACAGACACACACACUCCAUCCUUGUAAAUAUUGCAUGUGUACGCCGGUUUAACCCCUGUAAGGCUGAUUGUUUCCAGUGUAUAGAACGGUUAUUGUAUUAUACUUCUAAUCUAAAUUUCUCACCAUCCUUAAAUCCAGAAUAUAAAAUAUAUACACAUAGAGUACUAUAUCCACUAAUAUUCACUUACGUCUUAAACUAAUUUAAGAACCAAAUAUUGUACAAAUCCAUGAAGACUUUAUUAGAUCUUUUCAGAUCAAUUUUUUGCAUUUAUAGCCAUUCCAACCAGACGAUACUCACAGCAUACGGCAUCUCUCACGGUAUUUACACAUUGUAUUCAAAUGUUUAACCUAUGCCACUUAAAGCACUGACUGCAGCAUGCCCACAACAGGAAAAAAAGGCUUUUAUUGUCCUGUAACAGAAGAGGGAUAUUUUAACGUCGCCAUCAUGUGUGUUUGAGGUGCUUCUGUUUAAGCGUUUGUGCCUAUGAUGCACAUGUGUUUGAAUGUGAUGAUUUACGCGAUGAGGGUUAAUGCAUUUUGAAUCUCUGCAUAGUCAGUUCGUACAGAAUGACACCCCUGUACGCUAUGUGUGCUCAUCCGUCUGUUGUGAGGUAAUCAUGUGCCUGCUUACAUCGUCUUGCAACGUGAAGAAAAAAACAGUGCUGUGUUUAAGUCAUGAGUGUGAAUGUUUAACGCCACAACAUAUCGUAACAGAUAUUGUAACCUUGAGAUAUUUGAGUGACUCGUGUCUUUUUUUUAGUGCCUAAAUACUGGAUAGUUGGCCUGUAUUCUGUCAUUUGCAGACACUCCUAAUAGCACCUUUUUAUUACAAGGAAGGGUAUGAAAGAAAGAAGUUUGCACAGCUGACUGAACGAGGCGGUACCACUGGCCUAUGAUAUGCUAUCAUGUGUGUGACGGAUUGUAUUGAAAGUGAUAAUGAAAGUCUGACUUUGAGAUUUUUCCAGGUUCACGAGUGAAUCAAGUCUGUGGCACACGGGUGCAUUGAUCAAAGCAGCGGGUGAAUGACGAGGCUGAAUGACGAGGCAACAUAACCCUGAGUAACCCUCAGGGUUAUGUUGUGCUAAGCACUCGACGAGGGAGUCUUGAAGCAGAGCGUCCAUGCACCACCUCUACUGUGUAUUGUCAACGGUUGUAACACCACUCCAGAGGGAGCGGGGAUGUGAGACAGGCAGACACUGUGUGCGGCGCAGGGCCAGCCUUUGGUUUACAAAUUACCAGCAUCUUUAAGAAGGCUCAGUUUAGUGGGAUUGGAGUUGUUACAUCAAACAGGGGGCCAGAGGGAUUCCGGAGUCGUACCCACCUCUGAUUACCCACUUUAAAAUACACCACUACUUUUAAUACCACUGGCACUUCUUGCUCUUUGUGAGCAGUCUCUGCCCUUGUCUUCUCUGUUUACUUCUGCUGUUUUGGCAUUGGUGUGGUGUGACAUCCCACAUGUUCUCUCUGCACUCUCUUUUUGCACAACACUCCACACAGAUGUUUUGUAAAAUGUUUUCUUUAUUUCAUGUCUAAAGGAAUACUAAGAAUAAACAAGUGAUCAUGA